ACUGCACUACACCCUCCGAUUACUUCCAUUUUUAGCGUGCCGCCUCAAGCACACACUCCCAUACUUAGUGAGCCAAACGGACCCCUCCGAUUAAACAGUUAAACUAAGUUGAUUGAGGACCACGGUCCACCUGGAACUACUGACGAGAACAAAAUGGUGCCUAUGUAAACACUAACAGACAACACAACAUCAACCUUGUGUGUUCUAAACUGAUGUGGCAUCUCACUUGGAGAAUUAUAACUGAAUAAAAUACUACUCAUUGCAUUUCAGAUAAUCAGAUGCUUUAACUGUUGCAUUAAAUGUUUUGUUAGUACGUUUGCUGUGGUUUACCGAAAGGGAAUCACAGCGAUGUCGAACUGUAGGUAUCUGGUAACCAAUGGUGUCAUUUCACAAACAUCUGAUGUUCCUCCUGUUGCCUCAUUCCUUGAAGCUCAUCCAGGCGCGUAUACAACUUCUCGUACACAUGGCACAGCUGCUCGCGUCUUAUUUUGGGAGAGGCACUUACGGAGACUUGUUGAAUCAGCAAGAAUUUUAGCUGAAACAAAACCAGAGUACUUAUUUGGUACGGAAAAUGCUAGGAUUUCUUCUUAUUCAGCUUCACCCUCGUCGUGGGAUUCUAUAGUUCGGCCUGUGGUUAAUGAUUCGCUGAGGAAUGUGCUUCCAGUGGCAUUGGAAGGGAGGAAUGUGGGGGAAGAGUUAGCUAUCACCUCUCUUGUAAGUGGGAAUGUAAAUAUUAGGGAAGAAAACAGAGAGAAAGAAAGGAUUUUUCAUGCCUUUGAUGUUUACUUGCACAUUGGAGUCUAUGUUCCACCUGUGUUUGGUACCGAAGGAAGUAGUGCACAUUUAGCUGUUGUUGGACCAGGAAGGGACACUGCAGACGCUAAGUUCUCACAGUGGGUAAGGCUUAGAAAGUCUUUGGAGAAUAUGAGGCCUCCGUCAACAAACGAGCUCAUGUUAUCAAAUGAUGGUGAUCAUAUACUUGAGGGCUGUUUGACUAAUUUCUUUGUCGUUCGCCGUAAAGAAAAUAGUGAUAUGCUGAGGAAACACCCAUUAGAUCCUGACAAUGAGUAUUCUUUUGAAGUACAAACUGCUUCUAUCAAGGAUGGUGUGCUUCCUGGAGUUAUACGCCAAGUAGUUGUUGACGUGUGCCUGGCAAUGGGAAUUUCAGUCAGUGAAGUUGCACCUUCCUGGUCUGAGCGUGAACUUUGGGAAGAAGCCUUCAUUACAAAUAGCUUGAGACUAGUGCAGAAUGUGGAAACUAUUUGUGUCCCUAGUCCUUGGGAAGACUUUCAACAUAAAACCUGGAAAGAUGUAGCAUGGAAUGAGAAACGAUUCAAGGAGGGUCCCGGGAGAAUCACAGCAGCCAUUCAGAGGGAGGUGAUGAAGAGGUCAAGCCUGGAAGGAUACCCAAUAUGAUUAUAUAAGAUGAAAUGCAUCAACCAGAGUUUAGGUUGCGCUUGCCCAAUCUAAUGAUCAACUAGCAUCUUACGGCGUUCCGGUACUUUAAAAAUCUAGUAAAAUUUCUUAGUCCAAUAAAAGAUUGGAUUGAACUGUCUGCCAACUUGUUUGUACACUAUUAUGUACCUGAUUUAGACAUGUUCAUAUUUUCUGAGGAUUAAGCGUUCCAUCAGUGAGUUGAUGAACGAUUAAAUGGGUCUUAUGGUUGGUAAUAGUGGCACCACCAUUAACAGGUGCUGUUGCACCAUUGGAAGAUAAAGUUCCUUAAAUCAGCAUGUUACAAGGUAGAGUUUCUUGUUUGAAAUAUAGUUAAUAAUUGGGAAUUCAGAAACAGUAUAUGAUUUAUUUUA